AUGGCCCCAACAACAUUAACAUCACUCUCACAAGAGAAAACCCUGCAAUCACAAUUCAUAAGAGAUGAAGAUGAACGCCCAAAGGUGGCAUACAAUCAGUUCAGCAAUGAAAUUCCGGUGAUAUCCCUCGCCGGAAUUGAUGAUGCUGGCGGCAAGAGAUCGGGGAUAUGCAAGAAAAUUGUUGAAGCAUGUGAGGAUUGGGGGAUUUUCCAGGUGGUUGAUCAUGGUGUUGAUGGUAAUCUUAUUUCUGAUAUGACUUGUUUGGCUCGUGAGUUCUUUGAUUUGCCGGCAAAAGAGAAGCUCCGGUUCGACAUGUCCGGUGGGAAGAAAGGUGGUUUCAUAGUCUCUAGUCACCUUCAGGGAGAAGCAGUCCAGGAUUGGAGGGAGAUUGUGACAUACUUUUCAUACCCGAUCAGGGCCCGAGACUAUUCAAGGUGGCCUGAUAAACCCCAAAAAUGGAGGGCCGUGACGGAGGAGUACAGCGACAAGUUGAUGAAUUUAGCCUGCAAACUGCUUGAAGUUUUGUCUGAGGCAAUGGGGCUGGAAAAGGAUGCUCUCGCCAAAGCUUGUAUUGAUAUGGACCAGAAAGUGGUUGUAAAUUUCUAUCCAAAAUGCCCACAGCCCGAUAUAACACUCGGGCUAAAGCGGCACACGGAUCCCGGGACUAUUACUCUACUGCUACAGGACCAGGUUGGUGGGCUGCAGGCCACCAAGGAUGGUGGCAAGACAUGGAUCACCAUUCAGCCAGUGGAAGGAGCUUUCGUGGUCAAUCUCGGUGACCAUGGUCAUUAUCUAAGCAAUGGGAGGUUCAAGAAUGCUGAUCAUCAAGCAGUAGUGAACUCAAACUGCAGCAGAUUAUCAAUUGCAACUUUCCAGAAUCCAGCUCCACAGGCCAUAGUGUACCCACUGAAGAUCAGGGAGGGAGAAAAACCUGUGUUGGAAGACCCCAUCACGUUCGCAGAAAUGUAUAAGAGGAAAAUGAGUGAAGAUCUUGAGCUUGCAAGGCUGAAAAAAUUGGCCAAGGAGAAACAAUUUCAGGAACAGGAACUGGAGAAAAGUAACAAGCUGCUGGAAACUAAACCAAAGGAUCUUGGAGAUAUUCUUGCUUGA